UUGGAGCGCGCUGCAGCGUGUAUGUGCAUGUCAGAUUAUGAAGAGGGCUACAGUGUAAGACUUCCUAAACUGUAAUUUCUGAGUAUCCUAGAAAAGCCCGUGCUGAGACUUCAACUGCAUCACACCACCUGAAUUCACAUCAUCAGCUGUCAAGUAGGAUGGCCCGGGCUUUCCAGUGCUAGUGGUUGCUGUGAUGGGUUCUGAGGAUCACACUUCCAACAUGUCGCAGAAGAUCUCGUCUCUGUCUCGUAGCAACAGCAGCUCCUCCUCCAAACAUGACAGCAGACAGGACAGCUGGGAGAUCGUGGAGGGUCUGAGAGGAGGCUACAGUAACAUCCAGGAGCCCCAAAAACAGGAGGGCUACCUGCACAAGAGAAGGAAGUGGCCCAUGAAAGGAUGGCACAAGAGGUACUUUUUGUUGGACAAGGGCAUCCUGAAAUAUGGAAAGUGCAGCGCUGAUAUUGAGAAGGGAAAACUGCAUGGCUGUAUUGAUGUGGGUCUGUCGGUCAUGGCUAUUAAGAAGAAAGCCAAGUGCAUCGAUCUUGAUGCUGAGGAAAACAUCUAUCACCUUAAGAUAAAGUCCCAAGAGCUCUUUGACGAAUGGGUCUCCAAACUGCGCCACCAUCGAGUGUAUCGGCAAAACGAGAUUGCCUUGUACCCAAACGAGAAGACAUUUUUCUCUCCACUCUUCCCCUCCCCCACCUCCACCAACACCACUGAGAGUGUCUCCAUCCGAAGGUGCUUGUCUAUACGCAGACAGUCCUCCGUGCAUUCUCCAGGAGCCUUCCCCGUUGGAUGUAACAGUCAGGCCAAAGUCACUGCCUGGCUCCAGUCCUCUGAUGACAUGGCCAAGUGCUCUAAAGACAUCUCUGUGUGUGAAUCCUACCUGCUGGAGCUGUCUCACCUGUUACAGAGCAUGGAGGUCCUUCACCGCACAUACUCUGCUCCAUCCAUCCAGGCUCUACAGGCGUGUACAUUUGAAAGCCCCAAAAAAGAAAAAAGACUACCUAGAAAAUGGCGUACAAAAAACUACAACAAAGAUGUCAAAACAACUUUACAGGUUCCCAGCUGCAUCUCCUCCGGCUCAAUCCGUCUUCAUGCUUCAAACCCAAACCUCUCCACUGCUGCUCUGAGCAAUGAUAAAGGCGAUCUCGAGUCUCUAGAAUUCAAUAUUGAUGUAGCCAAGCUCCAAGAAGACUUCUGUCGCGUGGCUACUAACUUACACACUACCAUGAAAUCAGCUUUAACUUCUCUGACAUCAGAAAGAGAGCGCUUAAGACAAUGUGUGGAAACUGAGACGUGCCCACCUACUUCUCCACAAGUGGUUGGACUGAAGAAUGCCUUAUCAACAGCUUUAGCCCAGAACAGUGAGCUGAGAGAGCGUCUGUCCAAGAUUCAUGCUGAGUCCCACAUUGUAGAGCCCACAUUAAUAAAUAUCACUGCCCCUGUGCAGAAACAGGAGUCCAUGGAUGACUCCCAUCAUCUUGUGCACCAGGUUUCAAACGAGAGCCGAGCCUCCAUCGCUGAAUCUUUGUCUGAGUUCUUUGAUGCGCAUGAAGUGUUGUUGUCUGCAAGUUCCUCUGAAAAUGAGGUCUCUGAGGAUGACUCAUACAUCAGCGAUAUCAGUGACAAUAUUUCCAUGGACAACUUCAGCAACGAGACUGAAUGUGAAAGAUCAAGUUCAGGUUUAGUGGAAAAUGGCAGUGUCCUGUACCAGCGCAGGUCCUGCCUCCCCUCUCCCAGUCCCAACAGCAGCACCAUCAGCCUGUGGAACAUCCUGAGGAACAACAUUGGGAAAGACCUGUCCAAAGUGGCCAUGCCUGUGCACCUGAAUGAGCCACUCAACACUCUGCAGCGUCUGUGCGAGGAGCUGGAAUACAGUGAGCUGCUGGACCAAGCCGCCAGCACCCAGGACCCCUUUGAACGAAUGGUCUACAUUUCCACAUUUGUUGUGUCAGGUUACGCAUCCAGCUACUAUCGCACUGGAGGAAAGCCUUUUAACCCUGUCCUUGGAGAGACAUACGAAUGUGAUCGCCCUGAUAAAGGGUUCCGGUUUCUGGCUGAACAAGUAAGUCACCAUCCACCUAUUUCAGCCUGUCAUGCAGAAUCCAAAAACUUUAUCUUUUGGCAAGAUGUAAGAUGCAAAAACAAGUUUUGGGGGAAGUCUAUGGAGAUUGUUCCCAUUGGUACAACCCAUGUUACUCUGCCUGGAUUUGGAGAUCACUACGAGUGGAACAAGGUGACGUCCUGUGUGCACAACAUUCUGAGUGGGCAGCGUUGGAUUGAACACUACGGGGAGAUCACCAUCAGAAACACCAGUAGUGACGUGUGUCAGUGCAAGAUCACUUUUGUGAAGGCUAAAUACUGGAACUCAAGUGUGAAUGAAAUCGAGGGAACUGUCACUGAUAAAAAAGGAAAAGUUGUCCAUAGACUUUUUGGGAAAUGGCACGAAGCGGUGUAUUGUGGAGAUCCUCCAACAGCCACUUGUGUCUGGAGAGCAAGUGCCAUUCCCGUAGACUUUGAGCAAUACUACGGCUUUACCAAGUUUGCCAUUGAGCUUAACGAGCCACAUCCCUCACUAAAACUGCUGCUACCACCGACAGACACCAGACUGCGAGUGGACCAAAGAUUGCUGGAGGAGGGAAAACUGGAGGAGGCUGAGGAGCAGAAGCAACGAAUUGAAGACAUGCAAAGGCAGCGACGCAAAACACUCGAGGAGAGCAACGUGACUCAUGAACCUAAAUUCUUUAGGAAAUCUAAAGAUGACACAUGGGUCAGUAACAACACUUACUGGGAGCUGAGGGCAGACCCAGGCUUUGGACACAUAGACUUCCCAACACUGUGGUGAUCACGCAGAUGUCCACUGCACCGACUCUGCUCUGAUCCACUCUUCAGUUUCUCUGUUGCAAUUCAUCCUGUAUGGCCUUAAAUACAAGUGCUUUUUUAAGUUAUACACAUUUUAUGCAAGAAUAUAAUGGAAAAGUUACAACAGUGAAUGUAAUCAAUUAUAUAAGACAACAGAAAUAGUGGAAAGUAGAUUUUUUUAAAUUAAUUUACAUGAGCUUAAGAAACAAUGUUAAUUUCAGCUGCUGUUUUUUUCAUGGACUACCUCUGAAACGUUAUCAGUUGCCAUUACUUAAAAAUGACUUAUUCUGCAUCCGCAUUAUGCCUUAAUGGUUAUAUUAUGAUUAUGUUUUACAAGGAUUGUUCAUGUCUUGUUAUGCUUUGUGUGUAUGUGAAUUUGUGCUAAAAUGAGUAGCAAGUCUUAAACCAUUUCAUCUAAUACAACUGUGUCUUCGAUAACAAUAUGGACUGUCAGACUGACGUGUCUUAAACUUUGCUCCAU